AUGCAGUUCAUGUCGAUGCGCUACCCACAUCCGGAGACCAUCAAGGAACUGGGGAUAGAGGAGGAUGUGAAUGGCAUCCUCUACUACACUGAGCUUGGGGAAUUCACAAAACUGGCCCUUCCGGCGUACAGAGAGCCCGUGAUAGAGUUCAUUGCUUCACUACGGCUUAAGUUGCACCCUAAAGAAGCCGCUGCUGAACUCAAGAGGGAUGGGGCCGGAUACAUCACUUUCAAACUCUUGGGGCAGGACUACCUGUUUAGUAUGUUGGAGCUGGAAACCAUUUACCAGUUUGAAGAAGACCGGGGUCUCGACACAGAGGUAUACGUUCCGGCGACAGAGCUUCAUGCCCUUUGGAAGAUCAUCAGCUCAAGAACCUAUCAGAUCUCCAAGAACAAAAGCGGUAAUAUCAAAAACCCGGCCAUACGCUAUGCUCACAAAGUGAUAGCCAACACCAUCUUUGCCAGACAUGACUGUUCGAACGUCACGACGCAAGAACUUGAGCUGCUUGACGCCGGCAUCCUCCAGAAACUGGAAACCUUGGACGACGGAAAGGAGAUGCAAGGGAAUUUGAGGCAAACAAGCAUGGCAAUUGUGAUGGUGAACUCCUUCCUGCACAUCAUGAGGAAUGCAGAACUCUCCUACGAACAAGGCAAAAUCAAGGAGGCACACUUGGUGAUUGGCAGCAUGAUCACUCCGAUCCUCCUUGCCAGCAAAGUCAAGCUCCCGGCCCCUUCACACCCGCCCCUGUUUAUGGAUAUGGAGGCGACGCAACAGUCGAGGGAGAACAAGGGAGAGACGAAGGAGAGCCUUCGGAAAGGAAGCCAAGCGAAGCUUGGUGAGUUCGACUUCACGCCUUACAGCACGGAUGGGUGCGUUCCAGCAAUCGUCAAGGCGCACGAGCACAUUGGCUUACUCCAGAAGUGGUGCAAGAAACAGGAUGAUGUGAUCAAAAAGCUCACGGAGACGGUCAAUGUUCUUCAAGAGAAGCUCUCCUGCAAGUCACCUAAAGCAACCAAAGCGCAUCACCAAUCAAAACCGUGGAGCUACCGUUAA